AUGAAGAUACAAUGCAUCGAUCGCAUGGGAGCACCCCAAAAUACAUUCUUAGUAAAGAUUAGACAACACACAAUCCUGUUAAAUUGUCCUCUCGAAAGUACUGCCCUGAGUGCAUUUGCACGUCCAGCUACCCAACCUCUUUACCCACAACCACCAUCAUCCAUAAAUACACUCUCGUCAAUCCUGUCGAGUUAUGAUGAGACCAGAAAAAGUGCAAACGACACAAACUAUUCUCUGGCUAGCUCACAACUUGACAAUUGUGAGGAUCGAUGCGUAUUCAGAAUAGCCGACUUUAGUCUUGUAGAUGUUCACAGCAUUGAUCUAGUCAUCAUUGCUAAUUCGCAACUGAUGCUCGGUCUGCCUUUUUUGACCGAGUAUCUUGGAUAUAAAGGAAAAAUCAUUGCUACUGAGCCUACAAUUGAGUUUGCAAGAUAUCGUAUGGAAGAACUGGUUUCCUAUCAUGGACACUCCAUAACAUCAAUUGCCCCGAAAUCCUCAACCCACUUUUCUCAACUGGGUGCAAUGGGACAAUCUUGUAUCGAACAAGGAUGGCGCUCACUUUACACUAUGAAAGAAAUUGCUUCUUGCAUUGAAAAAAUCCAACCCGUCAGAUUUACAGAGACAUUGACUCUUUUCUCGACACUACGUCUCGAAGCACACAGCUCAGGCCAUUCUUUGGGAAGUGCAAAUUGGUUACUAGAAACAAGUUACAAAAAGAUUGUCUUCUUGUCCUCUUCAUCACUGGUCACCGGACUCCACCCUCUCGAUUUUGACACUUCUGUUUUAAAAAAUGCGGAUGUGAUUCACGUCAGUGAUCUUACAAACCAAUCUCACCUUGAUCUUUCUUUCCAACGCUCAAAAGCCAAGAUGAUGUCCUACAUAGGGAGAGCUCUUCAAGCAAGGGGCAAUGUAUUGUUUCCGAUCCCAACAAUGGGUAUUAUAUUUGACUUGAUCGGUGAGAUUCGCAACUACCUCUUGUCAGUAGGUGUCGAGAUUGGGCACGAAACUCAUCAAAUACCAAUCUACAUGGUUGGGCCAAUGGCAAAUCGAAGUCUACAAUAUGCAAACAUCUGUGGAGAAUGGAUGACACCAGAAUUACAGGAACAACUAUAUGUCCCGAAAAUGCCUCUUCCUCAUGGUCUCUUGCUCAAAUCAGGUGGACUUCAGGCUGUCGGGUCAAUUUCAUUAGAUGUCAAGGCAAAGAAAGACUUUAAGGAACCAUGCAUUGUGUUUACUGGCGAUUAUGCAUGCCCAACAAAUGGACCGGUUUCAUGGUUUCUCAAGAAAUGGGGAAACUCAGAGCACAAUGUGUGUAUCGUUGUUGAUCCUGAAGUUCCUUCAUUUGAUGUACCUUUAGGGUGUCGAAUGACAGUCUUACGAGCCCCUCUGGAUACCCGUAUUACUCUAACUGAAGUGGGCCGCCUGUUAACCAUGAAUUGGAUGCGUAAACUUGAUGGUUCUCCGCGACACAUCAUUAUCCCUAAAUGCCAGGGAGCCACUCAAUUUCAGGAGGAUUGGAGGCAAAAAGGAGCAGAUGUUCACAUAUACACAUCGGGUGACAUUCUAGACGUUGACCUCAAACGUAAAUGGGAUAAAGUCACAAUCUCCGAAAAGGUGGGUAACAGUCUACAGCUGUCUCAGCUAGAGCCACAGGCACCUGGAUCCGCAAGUUACCUGCUACCUAUCUCUGGAUCCCUACAUCUUCACAAUAACCAGUUGGUGCUAGGAGACAUGAAUUCAGGCCCAAGCACUCGUGCAAUCACACUUGCUGACAAUCGCACCCCUAUUCAACCGGUCGAUGCCAUUUCUAUUAUGAAGAGGCUUAAGGAGAGCGGAAUCGAAUAUGCAGCACUACGACUUGUACGCGAUCAUUUAGGAAACCAGAAAAUUAUUCUACCAUCAUACAUGGAAGCUUCCAUUGUGUUUGAACCAAACCAAACAACUAUUCUGGCAGACGACCCAGAAGUGAGAGAACUACUGUCUGCCGUUGUUCGUGGUACAAUCCCCAACAUUUAA